AUAGGUACACCCCAACAAUUCCUUUCCUCAAUGCCAAGGCAUAAACCAAAGUCUUUACACUUUCUCAAUCAUGGUUUAAUAAAUAGAUUAGCAUAGUUUCUAUAGUGCUGCUAUAUCAAUUAAAAAUGGCAUUUUCAGGCCAACUUCUCCAACAUAUUUUAUGGUCCAAACCAGAGUUUAGCCGUAGCCAGAGCAUCUCUCUGUUAAAGACUAACCAUGAACCAGUUAAAAUACUAUCACAACGAAAACUUGAUAUACGAGGCAUCAAGAGAAAAUCUAACUGUUUGGUCACAUUUUCAAUGUCAAAUCCUUUUUCAAUGUCACAUCCUGAUAAUGACACGAGUCCAUGUUCUACAUCCGAAACAAUCAAGAAAUUCUACUCUAGUAUCAACAACAAUGACCUGAACCAACUAGCACUGCUCAUAUCUGAAGAUUGUUUCUUUGAUGAUUUCUCCUAUACUCGACCAUUCAAAGGGAGAAAGGAGGCUUUGAAAUUUCUGGAGAAACUAACCGCAUGCAUGGGUAAGAACACAAAGUUCUGCAUUGAACAAAUUUAUGAGGGAGUUCACCUUACAACUGUUGUAAACUGGCACUUAGAGUGGAAGAAGAAACAGGUUCCUUUCACUAGAGGCUGCAGCUGCUACGAGUUAUCAAGAGAUGGUGAACAACUCGUUAUAAAGAAAGCUCAAGUAAUCAUUGAAUCACCAAUCAAACCAGGAAGCUUUGCUUUGGAUGUGUUCCAGAAAGUCAUUUCAGUAUUUGAUACUUUCCCUGAGGCAGCAUGGUUUUUCUUGAUGAAUCCCCAAGUGGUACCAACUAUCUACGAUAUGACUCUCAAGCCAAGCAUAAGUCCAAUUAUUGCCUGGUACCGCAAGUUAUGGAGUAUCACAAUCACCAUUCUUACACUUAUCUACAAGUUAUUCCUUUACAUUAUAGAGAUGUUCAAUAAGUAGAAGAUAUGCACAGCUUGCCAAUU